GGCUGGCUGUGGCUCUCCGCGUCUCUGCCUCCGAUGCUUUCCCCCAAACUUGUAACGCUGGCAGCUGCCCCCGCUCGCCUGCCCGCCUUUGGCCAGGAGUUCCUCUUGGAAGCCUACCCGCUGGCCGCGUCAGUCAGUCAGUGUGCAGGCAGCGGCGGUAGGAGGAGCUCCUUCGCGGCAAGAGGAGGAGGAGGAGGAGGAGGAGAGGAGGAGGCGGCGGCCGGCGAGGCUCGGAGCUCGGGAAUGGAGCGGCGGAGAGCGCGUACAUGAGCGACGAGGCCGGCCAGCUCGCCAGUCGACGGGCAGCGAGGGAGGAAAAAGGCUGAGGAGCCUCCGCUGCUGCUGCUGCUGCUGUUCCUGUUGCUGCUUCGCUCCGGCUCCGCUUUAGCCGCGUCUCCAGGCUCUCUGUUGCCGCCGCCGCCGACAGCCGGGGAAGCUCGAGAGAGAGGGGGAAAAAACCCCGAGGAGCGCCGGCCGGGAGGAUCGCUGGGGCGAGCGCUCCCAACUGUGGCUGAGCCCGAGCGCGCAACUUCGUCUCUCUUCUCCCUUCCCCAACUCCGAGGAAUGAAAGCUUUCCAGGCGGAUUUGGCUCUGCUCUGCUUCUUUCUUCUCAGCCAAGAACUUGGUCUCCCAAGAAGAGGAUGUUAUUUGGUGUUUGGAUUUAUGUACAAAGAGAAGUAUCGGCGAAUGACUGAAGGUUCAGCAUCUUCUUUUACUCAGCAACCUCAGGACCAAGUGGUGAUUGCUGGACAACCUGUGACCCUCCUGUGUGCUAUUCCUGAAUAUAAUGGAAUUGUGCUAUGGAUUAAAGAUGGACUCGCCCUUGGAGUAGGAAGGGAUCUCUCCAGUUAUCCACGCUAUUUGGUUGUGGGGGAUCACCUCUCAGGGGAGCAUCACCUGAAGAUCCUGAGAGCAGAUCUCCAAGAUGAUGCAGUAUACGAGUGCCAAGCCAUUCAAGCGGCCAUCCGUUCCAGACCAGCCCGGCUGACCGUUCUUGUACCUCCGGAUGAUCCAAUCAUCAUUGGAGGACCGAUCAUCAGUCUGCGAGCUGGAGAUCCACUGAAUCUGACCUGUCAUGCUGACAAUGCCAAACCAGCAGCAACUAUCAUCUGGAUGAGGAGGGGGGAAGUCAUCAAUGGAGCAACCUAUUCCAAAACAGUUGUCCGUGAUGGCAAGAGAGAAAGCAUCAUGAGCACCCUGUUUGUCUCUCCAUCUGACAUCGAGAAUGGCCAAAUCAUCAUCUGCCGAGCUACCAACAAAGCGGUUCCAAGUGGAAAAGAGACUUCAGUCACCAUUGACAUCCAACAUCCACCUCUCGUCAAUCUGUCAGUAGAACCUCAGCCUGUCCUUGAAGACAAUACAGUAAAGUUUCACUGCUCUGCCAAAGCUAAUCCAGCAGUUACACAAUACAGGUGGGCCAAAAAGGGCCACAUUAUAAAGGAAGCAUCAAGUGAUGCUUAUGAGACCAUUGUCGACUUCACCUAUUUCUUUGAACCCAUCUCUUGUGAGGUGACCAAUGCUCUGGGCAGUACCAACAUCAGCAGAACAGUCGAUGUCUAUUUUGGGCCACGCAUGAUGACGGAACCACAGUCUCUUCUUGUCGAUCUUGGAUCCGAUGCCAUAUUUAAUUGUGCCUGGAUUGGAAACCCAUCUCUGACCAUCGUUUGGAUGAAGAGGGGCUCUGGUGUGGUCCUGAGCAAUGAGAACACACUAACGUUGAAAAACGUGCACCAAGAAGAUGCUGGGAAAUAUGUGUGCCGUGCUGUGGUUCCACGUGUGGGUGCAGGAGAGCGAGAAGUGUCUCUGACCGUCAACGGACCUCCUAUCAUCUCCAGCACACAGACCCAGCAUGCUCUCCAUGGAGAAAAAGGCCAGAUCAAAUGCUUCAUCCGCAGUACACCUCCACCAGACCGAAUCGCCUGGUCCUGGAAGGAAAACGUCUUGGAGUCUGGAACUUCGGGGCGAUACACGGUAGAAACCGUCAGCACCGAUGAAGGUGUCAUCUCCACCCUAACCAUCAGCAACAUCGUGCGGGCCGACUUCCAGACUAUUUACAACUGCACCGCCUGGAACAGUUUCGGUUCGGACACCGAGAUCAUACGUUUAAAAGAACAAGGUACGGAAAUGAAGUCAGGAGCUGGUAUGGAAACAGAGUCAGUGCCCAUGGCAGUCAUCAUAGGUGUGGCCGUUGGAGCUGGGGUGGCUUUCUUAGUCCUGAUGGCCACCAUUGUGGCUUUCUGCUGUGCUCGCUCCCAGAGAAAUCUGAAAGGAGUAGUUUCAGCCAAGAAUGAUAUCCGAGUUGAGAUUGUUCACAAGGAAUCUGCCUCAAGCAGAGAAAAUGAAGAACAUCCAGCAAUCAAGCAGUUAAUGAUGGACAGAAGUGAGUUCCAGCAAGAUUCAGUCCUUAAACAACUGGAAGUCCUCAAGGAGGAAGAGAAAGAAUUCCAGAAUUUGAAGGAUCCCACGAAUGGCUAUUACAGUGUGAACACCUUCAAGGACCACCAUUCCACGCCCACCAUCUCCCUCUCAGGUUGCCAGCCAGAGAUGAGGCCGGCCAACAAGCAGCGUGUGCCAACAGGCAUGUCCUUCACCAACAUCUACACAACCCUGAGUGGGCAGAACCGCCUCUACGACUACAGCCAGCGUUUCAUCUUGGGCAUGGGGAGCAGCUCCAUCGAGCUGUGUGAACGGGAAUUCCAGCGGGGUUCCAUGAGUGACAGCAGCUCCUUCCUGGACACGCAGUGCGAUAGCAGCGUCAGCAGCAGCGGGAAGCAAGAUGGCUACGUACAGUUCGACAAGGCCAGCAAAGCUUCAGCCUCGUCUUCUCACCAUUCACAGUCCUCCUCUCAGAACUCUGACCCUAGCCGGCCUCUGCAAAGGAGAAUGCAGACGCACGUGUGAAAGGAUGGGACAAAACUAGCACUGGGAGGGGAAGGAGGAUAGGAUAGACUGACCAGCAGGUCGAGAGACCACCUGAGCUGAAUCCUGGCCCUGCUGAAGCCAGCAAAUCCUGGGGGGUGGGGAUGGAGACUGUUUGACCAGUUUAUUUGUGUUCUAGUGACCUGUAGCUCCACAAAGCACUUCUCCCCUUCUUCUUCUCUAGAGUAAAAGCUAACGCAAGGCGAAGGGAGCUAGACAGAGCCUUGUACUGCAGACAGAACUCUCCAGAGAGACUUAAUGCCUUCUUUCCUUAGACCUGUUGACUCCCUUCCACAAGAGGGAAGGACUCACGACAGCUGAACCCAAACUAACCUUAAGCACAAUGUCCAUUUCCUUCCUGUAGCAAACCCAGGCGUAGAAGGAGGAUGGGAACAAAGAAAAAGGAAAUGACAAAUAACUUAUUUGGGAAACGUAGGGAGGAAACAAAUCCCCCUCCCCCGGGCCCCCUUCUUUUAGGGAGGACGGGCUUCUAAACCCAACGGGGCAGGAAUAACAACAUCCAUGGCCUUCACUGGGAGGCUGGGCAUCCUGGCUUUUCCUACCAAAUAAGAUAAUCUCCCUGGAGAUUUGGAGGUAGCUAUGACCAUCUAUCUCACCUACCAGCAAUUUAUAUUUCCCAGUUCACAUCCAGCUGGCUCCCUGGUUGGGCCCAGGAGAGACAUCUAAGCUGUCUUUCGCUGGCAUGUCAUCUACCUUGGGUCCUGAAGAUAAAUUUGACGGAGGCUUCUAGAAUCUUCUGUGCUUUCCACUUCCUCUUCCUUAGUGACAUCGAUUCCUGUCUGUGGACAUUUCGGAGAAGGUGCAUCUUUAACGCUGCCCGUCAGGUGCACCAGCAAAGCGACCCUCCCUGCUGCUUAGCCUCAUUUGCAAAUUAUAAGGGGUGGGGGUGGGGAGCUGUGUUCUUCAAAGCAACCUCAAACAACAUGGCUUAACUUAAGGAAGUUUCUGUGUGAGGGGGAGGGGGUUAGCCAUUGGUGUAAUAACGUGCACUGACUGCUAAACCUGGUCUUUUAUUAUUUUCAAUGACUUUUAUUUUGUUUGGUGUUUGGUGUUUAUCAUAUUACAAUGUGUCUUUGGACUAAAAAAAAAACAAAAAACCAGAAUUGAGAACUUUUAAGAGUGGCUUCUCAGCAAAAUACCCAGGUAUGCCUCUAGCCCAUCCAUCAUACUCUGAUUUUGAUUAAGAGGGAACUGUUUGAUGGAGGGAAGACUGAACUCCUCUUUUGAGUGACAUGUGACAAUCACUCCCAGAGUGGGCUGCUGUGGCGAGUGAACAUAAAACAUUUCUUACUUCUGCUUCUGUAUUCCCUGCCCUCCCUUCCUGUUAUCCCCCCCACACACAACAGCACAACUGGAAGACUAAUACAAGAAUUGUUACAAGCA